AUGAGCGAAAGCAUUCCCGGCCGCAAGCAUUCGUCUCGUUCAAGAUCAGGUGGUGCAGAUUUAAAAAGGAAACGCCAAAACAGCACCGCCAGCCAAACAUCGUCAGAGCCUACGCUAAAUUUUACCCCAAUUUCUCACGCUUGGCAUGAGAGUGUCGCAGCCGCUCAGGACACUCGCACAGAAAGCAUCGACGUUGCUCGGAUCGUCUACCAGACACCAGUCAAAACUCUCCUCGCACUCGCAGAGGAUUCCCCUGAUUGUGAGAUAUGGCAUGACUACGUGAGCGUGCCGCAAUGGCGCGCCGAUAUUCAGAAACAGCUCCUGCUUGCUAUUCCAGAAAUAUACAACUACGCCACAAAGACUGUCAUUCACUUGGAUGACGUGAAAUCGGCACAUAUAACUAAUCAGGCCAAAAGCUCACCAUACAACAGAUUCAUAGUCGACUUCACGACGAUAAUCAAAUCAAGAUGGUUCGAUCGGAUGUGGGUUGCCCUGGAAUACAUCCGCAGCAAAGACGUCGUUAUUCUUACAGAGGACUACAUGGUAUGCGAGCACAAUGCAAGGGACUUAUGUCUCCGCCUAGACGCACUGCAUUCGAAAUGGGUGAAGCAGCGAGGUAAUUCUGACGUGACACAAGAGAUAUGGAAGCAGAACACGACCCUCAAAAGGAUGAAUUCAUGGAUAGACAUGGAAGCAUGGAAAAGCGAGAAAGGAAUGUACCGGACCCUUGGAUGGGCUAUUGGGAUAUUGGGCCAUCGGCAGUGUCGACGGUCCAGGGAUUAUUUCCUGGCCCUUGGGAAGAUGUUGGACUUCGCUCCCAUGAAAGAUCCUCUUGUUCUCGUCGAGGAUCGGUUCCAAUACUUUCUAUCUCUCGCUACGCAUGCGCUGCUACUCGGAGACUACACGCCUUUGCUGUUUAUACCACCUUCGUCUGAGAAAAGGGAUAGCCGUGCGCCAUGGCUGCGUGGAUACUCUACAGCAGGUUGGAAAGAUUCAAUUCUCAAAAAUGGCAAAAUCCAACCCACUCUCGAAACGGUGGGUGUCAUUGAGUGGUUUGAAUACUUCGCUUUUGAAGGAGAAGCUCGAUCGGUCAUUGACCACGUCCUAUCCAAGACAGUCAGAGCCCAGGGUCGGGAUCCCAAAGCCCUUUGUGAGGCCAUGGACCGCAUAUUUCCGCUAGACAAGAGGAAAGCGGUGAACAUGAAUUGGAAAGACACUGAACAAGGUCAUGCCGAAGUAUACGACUUGCACAAGAUACAAGGUUUUCUAGAAGAAUACGAGACUUUUCUGGAUACUGAGGUGGAACAAGAAGCAACCGUCAAGAGAUUAGAGGUAGUGGAGAAGAUCAUUGCAGUUUUAAAACUAAAUAAGAGAGGGAGCUAUGAACGGGAGUCACGCCUAGAUAUGGCAGCAGGGGAAGCAGGCUGGUUCCUGAGGGAGUAUGGAAAAGCAAUGGAGGGGAUAAGUCAAGUAAGCUGCAAGAUCUGCGGUCGACGAUUCAUGUUUCGAAUGACCGUAUGGGAAGAACUGAAGCCAGAUGGUGCACAACUCUACAGAAUCCCUGGCCUUUUGUACGAUGAUACUGUGCCGGAGGGUGUUGGGAUCGUGGUCCAAGAGAAUAGGGUUCUCGGCAAAACAAUGUAUGCAACACCUGCUUGUGCGUGUGGUCGGCUGGAGAUGGUUGAGCUUGGCUCAGCAGGGUUGUGA